UGGGCGACAGUCCAAGUCAUGUGAUCUUGGCGGAAGUGUGUGCUUUCAGAUUUUCGAGAUCAUAUCUUGGGUUUAAGUGUUAUGUAGAUAGCACGUUACGAAACCACAUCUACAGUGUAUACAUUUGUUAAGAAGGUAAUUUGUGAAGAGGAUUCGGCAGUUCCAUUAUGAAGAAAAAGGUGUUGCUGAUGGGGAAGAGUGGGUCAGGGAAGACCAGUAUGAGGUCCAUCAUCUUUGCCAACUACAUCGCCAGAGACACCCGCAGACUCGGAGCUACAAUUGAUGUGGAACAUUCUCACGUGAGAUUCCUGGGCAACUUGGUGUUGAACCUAUGGGACUGUGGAGGACAAGAGGCGUUCAUGGAGAACUACUUCGCCAGUCAGCGAGACAACAUAUUCCGGAACGUGGAGGUGUUGAUCUACGUGUUUGACGUGGAGAGCCGGGAGCUGGAGAAAGACAUGCACUACUACCAGUCUUGUCUGGAGGCCAUCCUGCAGAAUUCCCCGGAGGCCCGGAUCUUCUGCCUCAUCCACAAGAUGGACCUGGUGCAGGACGACCAAAGAGAGCUGAUAUUCAGGGAGAGAGAAGAGGACUUAAAGCGCCUGUCGAAGCCCCUCAACUGUACAUGUUUUGCUACCUCAAUAUGGGAUGAGACGUUAUACAAGGGUUGGUCCUCCAUUGUGUAUCAGCUGAUUCCAAAUGUACAACAACUUGAGAACAACUUAAAGAACUUUGCUGACAUCAUUGAUGCAGACGAAGUCCUGCUGUUUGAAAGAGCUACAUUCCUGGUGAUCUCACAUUGUGAACGGAAGCCUCAUCGAGACGUCCACAGGUUCGAGAAGAUCAGCAACAUCAUCAAGCAGUUCAAGCUGAGUUGCAGCAGACUGGCUGCAUCCUUCCAGAGCAUGGAAGUCCGCAAUUCGUCCUUCGCUGCCUUCAUCGACGUCUUCACCUCCAACACAUACGUCAUGGUCGUCAUGUCGGACCCGGCAAUACCUUCUGCUGCCACGCUCAUCAACAUCAAGAACGCUCGCAAACAUUUCGAGAAGUUGGAACGUGUUGAACAACAUCCAGCCAUAGCCAGCAGAUGAUGUGGGAAGAGACGCAGUACUAGCAACUUGCUGAUUUGACAUUGUUGUCUGUGUGUCUGCAGGGGGACAUAUGAUGAGUUAUCAGUGAUGGGACUUACGAAUGUGUUGAUGUAUCAGAUGAUAUAUCAGUAAUCAGUGCGGAACUGCGCUCCAAGUCAGAUCCACUCAUGAGUUUUCCCGAAUAAUGAAGCCAUUAAAGAGGUACCAAUCCAGGUUGUCUUGUGACCAAAUAAGGAGAUAUGCAUGUUUUUCAGAUAGAUUUGCGAGUGUAACUGAGUAUUUUGUGCCCUGAAUUCUCCCGCGAACUUGAAGUGACAUGUUUAUAGACAUUGUAAAAUACAAAAGCUCUCAGUAAUUGUAAUCUCUAUGAUGCUAUGACUUCGACGAAUUAGCCUGGUUAGCAGAAUGUGAGAAAAAAAUUAUAAAUAUUGAUCAAACUUUAUAUUUAAUUUAUGUUUUCCAUUUUAUAUAGUUUAAUUUCAAAUUUGAGUUCCAUUUAACAUUUUUUCAACCAAUCAGGUUGAGGCACACACUACCAUUCAUUUUGCAAUUUUUCAUAAAACCAACAUGGCUGUUUUUUUGUAGGAAUGUCCUUGAAUGUGAUUCACCACAGUCAUACUGUUUCAGUAUCAGAAGAACAAUGGCAUUCAGGCAUGUCUGGUACAAGUACCCGCAGAGAAUUGAAAUUUAUAUUACUACUUUGUUAUGACAGUGCAUUGUAGGUUUUGUGGGUAGGUGGGGUCAGCAGCCUAUUGUGGCAACAGAGAAGACCAACUGCAGGGAUUUUGUCUCGCUCUGCUCAGAGGCUGAUAAUCUACCCCAAAUCUGCUGUGAAUGUUACUGAAACACUAAAAUAUGAAUCAAGAUUUUCCCUAUUCAAGUUAUUAUGUAUAACUAAUUGAAGAGGUGACUUCAAUUGUAACAGAGCAAUCUAUAAUGAUUUACAUGUUAAGUUAUAGGGUUAAAAUACCUCAAUUUAAACUUAAAAACAUGAGGAUUCCCCCAACACUAUACAUAAAAAUGCCCCCCCCCCCCCCUUAAUUUACUUAAGAUGAAG